CGUGACUCAAUUCACUUUGAGAGGGCGAAGUAGCAAACAGAAGUGAUUCAGGCAUGGCGUAUCUCUUGGAUUUGAUGAAUGUUCGCCUCGGCGUCUAUUGAAUAUGAUUACAGGACUUACGACGGACAUAUUUGGCGAAACGCGUCUCCCAGGUCGUAUUUAACGCGAGCUACCCCACAUUCGCUUUCCAACUUCCCAUCUACAAACCCCUCUGCAAUAGAAACAACAAUCCAUUGGAACAGCGGUUGAUUCUGGAAGCCGUAACAAUGGCGACCCCAGCAGGAACCGACUAUCCUUGGAGAGAACCCUCCAAACUCGUCGCACGAGGAGCGUUUAUCGUCAUCGAAGGGCUGGAUCGCGCGGGGAAGACGACGCAAGUCAAGAAGCUAUGCGACGCCUUGUAUGAUGCUGGGCACAAUAUCCAAACAAUCCGCUUUCCAGACCGGACAACUCCAAUCGGAAAGAUGAUUGACAGCUACCUGCAAAGCAAAACUGAGAUGGACGACCAUGCAAUCCACCUCCUCUUCUCUGCAAAUCGCUGGGAGAAAUCUAAAUGGAUCAAGGAAACCAUCGCCAAAGGAUACACCAUCGUCUGCGACCGUUACUACUACUCGGGCAUGAUAUACAGCGCCGCGAAGCAGAACCCCGAACUCUCCCUGAAAUGGGCCAAGUCUCCCGACAUUGGGCUCCCUCGGCCCGACGCCGUCAUCUUUCUCAACCUGGACCCGGAGGAGGCAGAGAAGAGGGGCGGAUACGGGACGGAGAAAUACGAGAGGAAGGAGAUGCAGCAGAGGGUCCGACAGUUGUUUUUAGAUAUGGAAUACGUACGGCACGAUGAAGCUAUCGAUAUGAUCGUUAUCGAUGCUGGGAAGUCGGUGCAGCAGGUGGCCGAUUCCAUUUAUUCGGAAGCUGCCAUUACCGUCGAUGCUGCUGAAGGCGGCAAGGCACGGGGCCCAUUGGGAGUUGUGAGGGAUUGGCCCGAAGGGACGGUGGACCGGGUUCCAGAGGUCCGAAGGAAGACUGAGAAUGGUGAAUUGAUCGUUGAGAGGCACCUUCGAGAGUCGAUUCGGAAAGGCCAUACGGAGUACAACCCGGGUACAGGAGAGUGGCUGGUAAAGCCGUGGCUUUGCGAUUAGAUGAAUUAACGAAUAACGAAUUGGGUUCAUGACACUAGAUAGAUGCCUUAUUUUAAAAACCAAAAACAAUCCACUGUCAUGCAUGGUUCAUGAUAUGGCGUUAAGACCAGUUAGAACGCCACCCCUGCUGGUGUUGAAGACCAGAAUGCCCCCCUUUCUCUUGAAACGCCUGAAAAUGCCAAAAAAAUAAACCGCCCCCCAUCUAAUC